CGUGUGAACAUGAUGAGUGAUUGUUUGCUUGAAAUCAUAAAUCAAUAAAUAUGGUCUCCAGGCUUCCCUCUCAACCUUCACAUUCAGCUUGUCCUUUUUCUACUUUCGUCAUCUCUGAGAGAAAAAAAAAAAAUGAAAAGGUUAAUACAGUGGUAUUUUGUCCUCUGUUUCCUCCUUUUGUCCUUGAACUUUCAAGUUGAUUGCUCAUUAUCUAGUUUCUCUUUCAAUUCUUCUACUCCAUUUAAGUUGUGUUCUUAUGACCAGAGCUUUGGCUUAAUCCAAUUCAAGAAUUCCCUUUCCAUCGAUUGCUCUGUUUCCUUAUCGUGCGAUAAAUAUAAGAGGAAGACAAUCUCCUGGAAAGUGGGUACAAAUUGCUGCUUCUGGGAUGGGGUGAACUGUGAUUCUGAAACAGGUAACGUGAUUGGCCUUGAUCUUAGUUGCAGCUGCCUUCGAGGCAGUAUCCCCUCUAAUAGCAGCCUCUUCCUUCUCCACCAUCUCCACAAGCUUAACCUUGCUGAAAAUUAUUUCGGCCCGUCCCGCAUGGCAUUUGAGUUUGGUCAGUUUACUAAUUUAACCCAUCUAAAUAUCAGUUCCUCAGGAUUUACAGGUACAAUCCCACUUGAAAUCUCUCAGCUUUCUAAACUUUUAUCUCUUGAUAUAUCCGGAAAUCCUUUAAUCUUUGAGGGGCAUGUUUUUGAAAAACUCUUGGGAAACUUGACACAACUAAGAGACCUUGAUCUCUCUGCUAUCGAUAUGUCUUUAGUUGCACCUAGUUCUUUCCUUAAUAUGUCUUCUUUCAUAAGGACUCUUGUUCUUGAGAGUAAUGGGCUGCGGGGGAAAUUCCCUGAAGAUGUUUUGCGCCUGCCAUACCUCCAGAAGUUCAGUUUAUUUAGUAAUGAUGAUAUCCUGGAAAUCAACUUCCCAAAGACUAAUUGGAGUGGUCCUCUCAAGUUGCUACGAGUCUCAUAUUCAUCUUCUCUGGCAGAAGUACCUGAUUCAAUUGGCAAUCUUAGGUCUCUCCAGGUUGAUGGGUCCCCUUCCCUAUCACGUAAGUGGGCUUUCACGACUAUUGAGACUUCACUUGGACCAUAACUUUCUGUCUGGUAGAGUGCCAAAUUGGUUGUUUACUCUUCCAACCUUGGUUGAUUUGGAUCUCAGUUAUAACGGGCUAACUGGCCCUAUUGACCCAUUUGAGAAGGUUGCUCCUUUGGAGAUUGUUAAGCUGCAGAAUAAUGAGAUACAUGGUCCAAUUCCAAGCUCUGUUUUCAAACUUGUGAACCUCAUCCAUCUUAAUCUUUCCUCAAAUAAGUUGAAUGGCAUCUUCGAAUUGGACAAACUCUCAAAGCUUAACAAGCUUCAGAAUGUCUUUGCUCGGGAGAAACCAUGCUUGGUCUUUAUAUCCUGGAUUUGCACAUGAAUAAAUUUCAUGGAAAUAUCCCUGAUUCAUUUGUGGCUGGAAAUGAAUUACAGACACUUAAUCUCCAGAACAAUGAUUUUGAUGGGCCAUUUCCUAAAUCCUUGGUGAACUGUCAUGAUUUGGAAGUGUUAAAUCUUGGAAACAACAGGAUAAAUGAUACCUUUCCCCACUGGUUAGGAACUCUUACUCAGCUAAAAGUUAUUAUCUUACGCUCCAACUAUUUCCAUGGUCAAAUACUCCUUUCAGAAGCUGAAUCAAAUUUCUCAGUUCUACGAAUUUUAGACCUCUCGCACAAUGAGUUCUCUGGUUUUUUGCCAACUGCAUUUUUUAAAAGCUUCAAGGGUAUGAUGAAUUUGUCCAAUGUUGACAUGAAAUAUAUGGAAAAUCCUAAUGGUUAUCACCAUUUUUCCAUGUUUGUCACAAUGAAAGGUCUGGACAUUGAAGUUGAGAGAGUUCUAACUGUUUUUACAGCCGUUGAUUUUUCGAGCAACAAAUUCCAAGGAAAAAUUCCAGAAAUAGUUGGAAGCCUCUCUUCUCUCCAAAUCCUCAAUUUUUCCCAUAACAACCUGACAGGUCAUAUUCCUUCCUCAUUGGGGAAUCUAGCAGCGCUUGAGUCACUGGAUCUCUCCUCCAACAAGCUUAUCGGGGAGAUUCCUAUGCAGUUGACUGGUUUGAAAUUUCUUGGAGUGUUAAACCUGUCACAGAACCAGCUUGUUGGACAUAUACCUCAGGGAAAUCAAUUCAAUACCUUUCUGAAUGAUUCCUAUGGUGGCAACUUGGGAUUGUGCGGAUUUCCAGUGUCAAAGACGUGUGGCAAGGAAGACACACAAGAGCCACCAGAAUCUGUUUUUCACGAGGAAGGAAUUUUUUCUUCUCCAUCGGACUGGAAAUUUGUAAUGAUGGGUUAUGGAUGUGGAUUGGUGCUUGGAUUAUCCGCAGGAUAUAUCAUAUUGACAAUUGGAAAACCAGAAUGGCUUGUUAGGAUGGUUCAAAGAGUAGGCUACAAAAUUCUGAGGAGAUUGAAGAGAUAUGAUUGAAGAAGAAGAACUCUGUGAAGACAGAUGAUGCUCUCUGGAGAUUUCUUGAAUACAUUUUUGUAUAAUAAGUGUCUUUUGUUCUCAUGCUUGGGUUGUUUUAGCAGUUUUCUCCCUGUUUGUUUUGACUUUCUUGUUUCCUAAAGGUACUGUCCUCUGUGAACAGCUUUGUUGUACUUGAAGGAUGUUCAUAUACUUUGAUGAAUGAAAUUACUC